AAGUUCAACUAAAGCAGAUGCGCCGGAAGUUACUUAUUUACUAUCAUUCUGGUUUAUUUUAUUUUUCCUUGAAACAGUGGCAGAUAUUGACAGUAGUAUAUACAUAUUUGUCCAGAGAUAAGUCUCCUAUUCAAUGCCAAAGAUAAGGACUAAUGAAAUGUUGAAUUUAUUAACAUGACAAUAUCUCCUGUAAACUCGCACGGGACAAUUGACACGUUCUGUUUUCUUGCAGCUCACUUAAAUUUGAAGCCCUGCAAGACCAGAAUCAUUUUGCAGUUGUCUCGUUCUGGAGAAGACAUACAUUUCUGGAACACCAAUUGUCUUUUAGAGGAGUAUCGAAGCUUUAAACCCCGGGCAAAAAAUGGCUGCAGCCUUCCAACUGCUGUUGGUCUUGACUGCACUUACCGUUAAAACAUGUGACACAGAAGAGCUCAACAGAGUAACGAGUGCCUUCCAAGACACCGGAAAGGAACUUGUAGCCGAAUUGGAGUCGAUUCGUGGCGUUUUGGGACCACUCUCUCGACAGGUCAUGCUACAGCAGCUGUUUGUCGAAGAACGUAUCAGAUCUGAAGGCCACUCUGGGGUGAAGCAGGUUCGGCAUGGUCGCGAAGGAACGCGUAAUUACUAUUCAGACACCCAUGGAAACAGCGGCAGGCUUAUGGCAAUUCACGAACACGCUAACAAUAUUCGUACUGUUGGUUUGGGAGAAUUCAUUGGAGUCCUCAACGGAGUGGAAUUCAGGACUAGGCACAAUGACUAUCGUCUCUACAUGGCCAACAAAACCAGCAAAGACUACCACGCUACAGAAGAGAUUCCAUUUCCAGAAGUUCCACCCGAGGUCAAAAAUAAGCUUACGGUAGAUGAACAAAUCGUUGAGAUGCGUGAAUGGUUUAAGGCAUGGAAAUCGCAGAAUUAUACCGUCAGGGAUUACAGAAAAUACUUCAAGCCAGUGCUGUGCUACCUGGAAGGCGCAUGGACCACGGCAACGAAAGACAUCGAUGAGCCCUUUGAAAGCGACCGGCAUUUCAUUGAUGCAAAAUCUUGGUUCGACUUACAAGAGAAAGUUCGCUUUACCUCCUACACGGGAAGAAAAGAUAAUCUUGAAAACUUUUCGUUCCUGCCAACCACUAUCAUGGAAAUAAUCAAUGGUACCAUCCCUGUCUUUGCUCAAUGGAAUUACCGAAUUUUAUGUCAUCCACUGAGUCGUGAUGUUCCCUUGAACAGGUUUCGAGUGGUUGACGAGUUUCAGAGCAGACUUCCCUCAAGACGGAAAUAUGAAGAGCAAACAAGUACCAGAGCUGCAAGAUUCCAGCUGAAUCCCAAAGACUCCGACAAGUGGUCAGAGGGGAUCAACAAUCCUAAAUUUACGUUGCUCGAUGAAAUUAUGAGUGAGAUUCCUGGCAAAGAUAACUACCAAGGCAGCUUAACUGAUGAAGCGUUUGGAUUACCAGCGCAUACCCUCGACCCCAAGAAAACAGGGAAGCUGAACGUUGCGUACUACCAUCGAUGGUUCAAAGUCUUGGAGAAAGACGCAAUGGGACAGUCAAUAAGGCAUCGUGGUUAUUCAGAUGAAAACCUGUUUAUGGCUAUGACCACUCAACCCAAAGUGGCUGGAAUGAAGAUGACCACCUGCAAAGGUCCUAAGAGGAACCCCAGAUGUACAAGCAUCACCCAGAAGUUCUCAUAUGCGAUUCCGUUGGAAAUAAUCUAUCUGACACCCCUGAACAGAUGGAACCCAUUUGAUCUCGAGUACAAAGGUUCUGAGAGGACAGCCUACGGAAAGACAGUGUUUCAGUUCGGUCGCUAUGGAGGUAGGACCCCAGAUAAAGCCUACAAUGGUACCAACAGCAAAAAGUACUAUCAGACUCCUUCGGCCUUUUUCUCGGGAAAGGAAGUAAGCACUGAUGCUGCAGACACGACGAAAAACAGCGUUGGUGUUUUGGAUCGAAACGGCGAUGUGAAGAUUACCCGAGCCAGCGGAAUACGCAUCUUUUUUCCACCUAUAAACGACGUGGGAGUGCUGCGUCAGCGCUACCCCAUAAUGCCUGUUCACGGAGAAGGAAGCUCUGUAUGGAAGGAACUGGAAGCAACAAAAGAUCUUCUCAUGAACUCAAAAUCGUAUGGCUACAUGUACAGAGAACCAUUGGUGGGUUCUGGUGUUGUACCCACGGAGCCUACAGAGAGACCUCUCACGCUGAAGAUGGAAGACGCCACCAAGACUCCCCCAGGUGCACACACGCACGAAAUAACUUUAACUGCAGAUGAAGUGAAAGACGCCAAGGGAAAAGGAAGCUCUUUCCUGAAAACGACAACGCAAGGAGCUUCACACCAACACCAAAUUCGUGUUGCUUGGAGAAAUAACCAGUGGAAGAUACUCCGUUGUGAUAGUUACGACCAAGGAGCAUACAGAUGCAAAGACAAGCAUGGGAUGUACUUAAAUGAAAACGUGAGUGUGUAGAACGCUGGUCUGAGUAAUGUUCUUUGCAGCCUGAAGGAAAUAAUUUGUAGCUGCUGAGUUAAUAAUUAAGUCUUACAUGACGAAGGACAACGGUAAAUUGUUGUUCAUAAUUAAUAGAGUGGUGUAGUUAAUCAUUAAAGGGUUGAAAUAAAUAUGGGAAGCAAAAAAGUGAACUCGUUUUUAUUUACCGACUAAGAAUUCAAACAUUUUGACAUAUAUA